UCCCUCUGGUUUUCAGCGCACUUGUCCCUGGCUACGAUUUGCAAUUUAUUGUACGUCGCUCUUUAUAAGAGCGUCUGCUAGAUGACUAUAAUGUAAUGCAAGAAGAAGAACAACAACCAUAUUAUCAGCAGCAGCACGUUUAAAUAGUGAUUUUGCUAUUUGGGCUAAAAGUGCAAAACAGUAUGUGUAUUGUAAAGAAAACAAAAAAGAUUCUGUUAGGAAGAACUGAACUCAAAUCUGUUCGAAACGUUGAAUAAUUGCGAAGCAGCAUAACUGGGAGACGUGAACCUGCAAGUGAAACGGGAAGGGAUGCGAACAUCCCCAGUCGCGACCAAUCUAUUGAGGCGUACUUCCGUCCGCUAUAUGUUACGCUAUUGACCUGCAGGUGCCGAGGAAUCGCGACUUUGGCAUCACCACCGGCCAAUUAUAAAAACAAGAGGCAUUACAAUAAAUACUGUAUUUCCUCGGAAGAUGGUAGCAAAACAGAGGAUCCGAAUGGCAAAUGAAAAGCACAGCAAGAAUAUCACACAGAGGGGAAACGUGGCAAAGACUCUGCGACCUCAGGAGGAGAAGUAUCCUGUUGGGCCGUGGCUUUUGGCUCUCUUUGUGUUCGUUGUUUGUGGAUCAGCCAUCUUUCAGAUCAUCCAGAGCAUCAGGAUGGGCAUGUGAGCCUUCGAUCCCGAGCACAGCGUUUCUCUCUCUCUGUGACCUCUGACCCUUCCCAGACUUGGGGGGCAUUUUCACUAUGAUCCAGGGGAAAUGCUGGAGGUCCCAGCGGAUUUUGGUCGCAGCCUGCCAGGGGAUCCCCUCUCCCGUAGACAACGUCGAGGUUCGCACACUGACUAUGCCCUGGGAUGAGGGAACGCAGUGCCUUUCUAUUGACUCUGCUGUCAAUCCCCAGGCCAGCAGGUGCCUGCCCAUGCUACUCGAUUUACCAUUUCGAUGGUUAAAAGUGUCAGUUUUCUGCCGCCAAGUAAACAAUGUGUGCCAUAAUUUUUCUAUAUAUAUGUGUUUACGGUGAACUUUUUUUUUUUUUAAAUAAAUGGUAAAUGAUGUGUGUAUGUGUGUUGGAGGGGAUGAGCGUUCAAGAUAUGAAUGUGUUCAAGAUAAGUAUAUUGAAAGCUGUUUUAUAAACUCAACUGGUGCUGUAUUGAACAUUUAGUUGCAGUGCUGUUAGUAUGGUUGUUGGCACACACCUUGUGCCCAAGGCCUUAACUGGCUACUGAUGAAAAGGACAAGGUCUGCAUCAAGGCUGGCAAAAGAUAAAUAAAUGAACAUGGUAAGAAAAUUGUUUUCAUUGACAUGGGAAAAAUAUAGUUAACUUUUUUUUUGCAAGCGAUAACAAUUGAGUUAAAUAGUAAUUAUGUUUUUCUGUGGAUAGACUUGAUUUGAACUAUCACACUUUCUACAUCAACCAUAAAUAAAUAUACUGCACUCUUCAA